AUGAAUUUCUUUGGUGAAUUGUAUUUCUUGCUAGCAGUAGUCUAUUUCUUACCAGCGCUGUGCUUGGCAACACCUCUGGUCCCUGCGCUUUUUAUCUUUGGAGAUUCACUGGUUGAUGUUGGAACCAAUUAUUUCGUUCCCAACUCAACUCUUAUAGCAGAUAUUCCACCGUUUGGUGAAACGCACUUUCAUCAUCCAAACGGACGUUAUUCCAAUGGUUUGAUCCCGUCGGAUUUUCUGGCUUGGUUUUUAAAUUUACCAUUGGUGCCACCGUAUCUGGAUGGAAAUGCAAGCCACGCUUUUGGUGCAAAUUUUGCGUCCUCCGGCGCAGGACUUCUCGACAUUACAAAUGAAGAUAGGAAUAUCAUUUCGUACACCCAGCAGAUCAACCAAUUCUAUAGCUUGGUUUCAAAAUGGAAGGCAGGGCAACCGGCUGCAGCAGUAAACGAGAAAAUUGCGAAGUCCAUCAUUCACAUCAAUAUUGGUAGUAACGACAUUAUCACUACUUACUUUUCGGAUUCCAAGUUCCAACAGGUUCCUCCAGAAUACUAUGUGAACUUCCUGAUACUUCUUUACAACAGAAGCUUCAAGGCACUGUAUGACGCAGGUGCUCGAAAAUUUGCAAUCUCUGAACUGGGACCUUUGGGAUGCACGCCGCUGUCGAGACAUUAUGUCAGCUCAGAGUUGAAAAAGCAAGGGUGCUAUCUCCCUUUGAACUCCAUGGCGAAGAGCUUCAAUUUCAAACUCAACGAGAUGCUAGCACAAUUGCGAGCAGAGCUGCCAGACGCGAAGAUCAUCACCGUGAAGUCAUAUGAGAUUUACAUGGACAUGAUAAGAAAUGCAAGCAAAUAUGGAUUCAUCGAGACGAGGCAGAACUGCUGUGGAGCUGGAGAGUUCCACGCAGAGGUAGCCUGCGGCAUGCCUGUUCCUCCAGACAAGCCGUUUAAGCAGUUUCUUUGCCAAGAUCCUUCCAAGUAUCUCUUCUGGGACCUCCAUCCCACGGAACAGGGCUAUAGAUUUUUCUCCAACUAUUUGUGGAGAGGAGGCUCGGGAGCAGUAGCGCCAUUCAAUCUUCAAACGCUGGUCACGUUAUAAACAAGGUGGCGAAACCAUCGUCAAUUAUUUUAUGGUCUUCCAAUUUUUCCAAUGAUAACAGGGGUCCUUGCAAAAUCUUCUUUUGUUUUUUUCUUUAUUUUUUCUCCCAGAGCCUUAUUCUCAAAAACAUUUUCCAAGGCCUUGUCGUGUAGGCCUGCUUCGCAGCCAAACAAAAAGGAAACGACGAAAAAAACCGAAGAAA